AUGGAUGCUUCAGUGCCUCCGAUCAUCCGAGGGAAGUUCCUCUACAGGGAUAUCCUGCUCGUCGACUGCGGCGGAGAUUUGAAGCGACACGCUCGAGCGCCAGAAUCCGAGGUCAAGCGCCUCCUGAAUGGCAAAGACGUGAAGGAUCAGGUAGGCCACUGGUAUGAAGCACAGCUCAUCCACUAUGGACUGCAGCGGUCGAAAGACAAGAACACUGCCAAAGUGCGACUGCAGCAGGCUCUCAAUCAAGGCAAGCUCAAGUCGCAGCCUCCGCAUUUGGGGGAUAUGGAGGGACGGAUGAAGAAAGAGUACGCUGCCGCCGUUCGCAAAGCCAAGAAGGGUGAUUCGAGCAAAGGCACCAAGCGCAGCCGAGACGAGGAAGAAUCAUCAGCUCAAAGCUCUAAGAAGACAAAAAUUUCUGUUACUGUCGAUGGCAUAGCAAUCAGCAUCGAUCGCUCAGAUGAGUCGAAGGCAAAGUCUACGAAGAAAACUACAUCAAAGGAAACCAUUUCACAGGCUCCCACUCCAAAGGCGACUACUCCAAAGGCGAUCAGUGCAAAGACGACCGCCGCAAAGGCGAACACACCAAAGGCGACUGCUUCAAAAGCAACAGCGGCCAAGGAACCCAGGGUCGCGCCAAAGAAGAGCAAAGCCGAGCAAACCUCAUCGACUCCCAAGAACGCCAAGCCCCCAGCACCAAAGAAGAAAGCAACCGCAGAACUUGCAAACAACCCAAGAGAUCACCCCGACAACGUCUUCCAGAGAUCAGGCUCAUUCAGUGGAGCUAUUAUCUCGCGUGAGACGCCGAAAGCACGAACGAAGCAGACGGCCAGAAAGUCCGCACCUGCACUCGGAUUCAGAGACGCGUGGGAGGAACCCAGCGACAAUGACUACGAUGAGGACGAAGACGAAGGCUGCAUGGAUGGACGAGAAAGACAGACGGCCAGGAAGUCGGCGCCUAUGCUCGGGUUCAGAGCCCAAUCUUCUGUGAAGAACGAGCCAGGCACCCAGCGCCAGCCCUCGGUCAAAGACGAGCCGUCCAACGACGACGACAUGGACACCCGCCCCGACAUCACCCAAUCCCAACUCAACAUAACCGGCGUCUACAACAUCUCCUGCCCCUACCUCGAAGCUCAAUCACCCGAAGACGCAGAUAAACUUCGUAUGUUCAUCUGCGUCGACAACGAGGCCGGCCUGAUCUGGGGCGGUUUCGAGCUGGCAUGGAAGACUGGCAUCAUCAAGAUCGACGAUAUCGCCACCAACCACAAUCUGCCGUUCGGCUGGCGGGCGAAAGACUACGAGAAGAGCGGAAGUCUGCGAUUUGGGAAGGGUUGCUUUGGCGAGAUCAUGUUCUGGGGAACGAGUACCGGCAAUACGCAGGUUCGUGGUGUCUUCCGCAAUCUCUUCCCCGAUCCGGUGGAGUUUGAGGGUGUCAGACGGCCUGGUCCUUUGUGGUGUGGGCGGAGCAGCUAUAAGUUCAAGCAGGAGUGGGAAGAGUACCCAAAGGAGGCUUAUGGACGAUGA